CAGUUUAAUAACUUCGAGCAGCUCUGCAUCAACUUCACCAACGAGAAGCUGCAGCAGUUCUUCAACCACCACAUGUUCAUCCAGGAGCAGGAGGAGUACUGGGCCGAGGGGAUCCCCUGGACCUUCAUCGACUUCGGCCUGGACCUGCAGGCCUGCAUAGACCUUAUCGAGAAGCCCAUGGGGGUCCUGUCCAUCCUGGAGGAGGAGUGCAUGUUCCCCAAGGCCACGGACACCAGCUUUAAAACCAAACUCUACGACAACCACCUGGGGAAGUCGGCCAACUUCCAGCGGCCGCGGCUGGACAAGAAGCGCAAAUACGAGACACACUUCGAGUUGGUCCACUACGCUGGGGUGGUGCCCUACAACAUCACAGGCUGGCUGGACAAGAACCGAGAUCCUCUCAAUGAGACGGUGGUCACUCUGUUCCAGAAAUCCUCCCACAAACUCAUGGCUGGACUGUUUGAGAACUACAUCAGCUCGGAGAUGGCCUCUGAUCCGAAGGCUGAAGGAAGGAGACGGAAAUCCGCUUCCUUCCAGACCGUUUCACAGCUACACAAGGUGAGUCCACACGCCAGA